AUGGGCAGAUCGUUCGCUUCGCUCUUUUCUAGCCGUCCUGCUGCCCAGGGCUUCGUUGGCCCUACCGACCGUCCUUUAAAUCCAAAUGGUGUGCCGGAGACUAGCUGGGCCAAAGGAGGGUCAAUAAAGUCCAAGUCGUGUCGUCCGUUGAUUAAUUUGAACGCACCUACCAACUCUGCGUACCCUAAUGUUUCUCGUGCGAGAUCUCAGUGGGCACCUAUGAGUCCCAAGACGAAGGGCUGGGUGUUGAAUGGACGGCGUGUUCAGCUGGGUUUACGUGUUCUCGCUCUGCUUGGGGCGAUUGGGGCUCUGUUUUGCGCUAUCAUUAUUACGAGUCUGCCAGCAAGUAUUGUUUGGAUCGUCCGCGUCGGACCUGCGGUAGCAAUCCUUCACACCCUCUACGGUAUCUACCACCUCUCUCGUUCGCCUAUCGGAAAGCCACCCGGAACUCAGGCCAAUUACAAUGUGUUCGCCUCGACGUUUGACCUGGGUCUCGUACCGUUCUAUGUUUUCGGAGCAUACAUCUCGUAUAUUGAGUAUGCCAAUGUCGCAUACAAUUGGGGAACUUUGUUGGGCAACACCAAUGGGAUACCGCACCUAAUUGCCAACGUCAACUUUAUCCUCAGUGUUGCCAGCGGGGCGUUGCAUGCUAUCUCCUUUGGUAUUUCCAUGUUUUUGGCUAUCGCCUUCCGUCGAAUUACGCGACUUCCACCGGACAUGAACCCCUUGGAGGAUAACCUGACUGCUCGACCCCAUAAGCGAACCAAGUCUGAGAUUGCUGAAAAGCAUCUCAGCCAGUCGACUGUGGAUUCGGGCAUUGGAAUGGAUGAUCCACUCAUUGGUUCACCUCGUACUAUGCCAGUCUCGAUGCACAACCGACACCCAUCUUCUGGCGAUGGCUUAACUGGAUUUAUCUACGAAAACCCAAUGCCACAGGGACCUUUUGUGCCUCCGGACCAGUUAUAUUAUGCUAACCCUACUCCUAAGCCUUUGCAAUUCCAGCCAAGACCCCAACAGCAAGGCAAUGUUAUCCCCCGAAAACCGGUGCAAAGCUCUCAGGUGCUAACGCAAGACAUUGACAACCUCUCGAGCCGACCAACCCCACCUAUGCAUCUCAAUGUUCCUAGCCAGGGCCCUGACCAAGCUAGCAUCUCGGAUAGAUCGAGGACAGUGAGUCCCAUGUCGGACAACUGGAUCGCGUACCCGUCACGCUCUCCAUCGCCGUUGGACAAUCUCCAAACCCCGCAGAAAGAGAACGCGAAGAACGAAACUGUGGCUCGUCGUGACAUAUCAUCGAUGUACAGUCGUUCCAACACCACGGCCUCCACCGACAGUGGCCCCAACUGGGUUAGUGCCGCUCAGCGGUAUGGAUGGAACAUUGAUGAGGCUAUCAGGGAAGAUGUCCGUGGAGAGUAUGAAUCACUCGCCAUGCAUGAACACUACGGCAAUGAUGACGACUAUUUGGAUGAUUACCCGCAACAAAAUGGAUUGUACGACGACAUUGAACGCGACGUGGGAGAUGAGCCAAUUAACAUCUACCUGGAUGAUCGUCUGAGCGAUGAUGAUGAUCUCAAGGACGAAAAUGAGGAACCAGCUACAAAGCUGCUGAAUCCUCUGGCAUUGAACCCACCCACACCGCUGGCCUCUCGCAGCAAUCUAUACGAAGACACCACGUCUAAGCCUCUCAACGGCCGUCACGCUCUCACCGAUAUCCCUAACCUGUCCCCCUCACCCAACCUACGCUCCGACUCCCCUGCUCCAGGCGACAGCCCCGAAAAGAAGACCGGCCGCUACUACGGCGAACUCGAGAGCAACCCAAGCAUCUCCGUCCGGGGUGACCGCGACGUCAGUGAGCAGAACGUGCCAUUGAGGAAGAAGAGCAAGCUCCAAAAGAAAAACAGCAAGUCCAAGAAAAUGCAGUCCUACAACACACUCCGCCAAGACGACCACGUCAGCGACGAAGAGAUUGACAAUGAGGCUCCUCCCGCUAUUCCUAAGGACACAAAUGAAAACGACCGCAAGGGCCGUGUUGUCAGUAACUCCGGCGCGGACAUCCGCAGUAAUGCAGCACCUGCUUCAGCCGGCUUGGCGUCGUAUGGAAACUACAUUGCUGGACUUGGUAUUGGAGUCGGACGCCGACGCGAUGUCAGUGGGAAGAUGGCUGAAGAAGGUAGGAGUGGUACAAUGGUUAAUGCCGGACGGCCAGGAACCGAGCCUGAGCAUAAAAAACCCAUUCGUGCGGCUGGAUGGGCACGGUUUGCUGGACUGUAA